UCUCCCUCCCUCUCUCUUCCAGUGUCUCUCUGCCUCAGCACUCAGCAGACGGACGCAUCCAUGGAGAGCUCGUGCAGCCGUCCUUUGCUUUACUACUUCCCAAACCACAUUUCAACAUGACAUAAGAAGACAACCCCGGCUCAGCGCGAAGCUCGCCGUGUUUGCCAAACAGCCCCCUCAAAACAUCCGAACCGUACCAAUUUCCAACUUUUUUUCUCUAACAUUCCCCCUUGCUUCCUUGAAAUUUCUUCCCUGUACUUUUUCAACCGUUCCCAGGAGAUAAGUCAGUUCCCUGGGAAUUAAAGGAGGUUGCUCGUUUUUUUCUUCCCUCUCUCUUCGGGGGUCCGCAUGGAUGUGGCGGCGGUAGAGUCUUUGCCGGGUAUCCGACUCCGGAAUCGGCCGACCCAAGUGAUGCCGAAUCAGAAGAAGGUCAAAGCGAGGCGGAAAAGGCGAAAGGAAUUGGUUUUAAUCCAGAUAUGCUUGUUCGGCGGCUUGCUUCUGAUCGUGAAGGGGUUUUCCUACUUAGCGGAAAAUUCAGGUUUCGACAUCUCCAGUCAGAGCGUUGAGGAUCAGGAGAGAUGGGGAGGAAGGAGGCUACUGCAGGAAAUGGACAACAGCAGCCUGGAGGAAAUAGAGAGUGAAGGAUCUAAGAACUGCACUACUCCAGGUAAGACGGAGACAGGAUGAAAGAAAGAGGACACCCAAGCCCCCCCCCCCCCCCAGAACAGAGAGAGGAGAA